AGGUUACAUAUUAAAAUGUUGCAGUUAUAAAAUUUGACUAUGCACAGUCAUGAAAAAAAACAGCUCCAAACAUUAGAAUAGACGUUUGUUAACGGCACAGUUGGAAAUACAAAUUGGAUGGGAGUUUACUGUGUUCAAUGAUCGAAUUAUGUCUACAAAGCACACAGCGGUUUCACAGAUCAUUUGCUCACCCCACAAGGACAUCAAAUGUGAGUGAAAUCAACUCCUAGCAUGUAAGUAAGUGUAUGUGUUUGUGUGUGAGGAAUAUGAUUCAAUCCUAUUUUGUCAUUGUAAAGUUCAGCUAUUGUGUUGAUAAUGUUGUGUCAUUAUCUUACCUGAGUGAUGGCAGAAUGAUAUGUCUGGGAAUAAGCAGACAUCACUGCGUUGAUAACCAGAACGCAUGGCUAGGUUUUGUUAGUGCUGAAACAUUGUUGAAAACAAACAGAAUGUGUUAGGUAUACGUUGUGGUAUUAAGUAGUGUUAGCCUAGGUGUCGAGCUGAAAUGAAAUUCUCAGGCUGUAUCGUGCACUUUACUGAGUGUAAUGUUGAAUGAGUGGUAAGGGCUAUGACAGAAUGUUGAAAAUAAGGAUUGCUUUGUAAUGUAUGUUUUUGUCAUUCYUAUWUUGUACUGUUCUACCCUUAAAACAGCCACAAUGUUUCCUCUGCAUCUACUCCUACUGAUAUCUGGAACACUGGCUAUGAAUUGCUCAAAUUCAGAUGAUACCUUUUAUUUUAACACCACAACUGGGGAGUUUUCAAUGACAAUAAACAUGCUAAACGAGACUAUCACCAUCAACGAUAAAGCUGAGGAAAAUCUGAAAUGCUUUUGGUUCAUUGAAAGCUAUGUUGAGUGCACCCCAAUGAAUAUGACCUCAAUUAACCUCACUGAGUGUCAGACGGUGAAGACUUCUGUAGUCGAGAACUCAACCAGCAAGUUGAUCUUCAACAUAGCUUCAUCCACGUGUGAGGUCACCAAGUGUACUGGGACAGAAAUCACUGCCCUGAUGAGAGAGAUACAAGACCAUCCCAGUGAGGGUCCAAAGGAUCUCAAAAGGGUCCUGAACAUGCGAAAUAUGUGUGCAGACCUGUUUGAAAAUAAUCAGACCAUAAGGAUGAUGUAUAUUGGCGUUGAACGGGGCCUGGUACACAACAUGAUAAACAUCUCAAUCCCUGGAGAGCCUUUGUACUACGACCUCAGUGAUCUGGCUCUGACUGUGUUCAACCUGACCAACCUAACCAGUGCUGAUGACAAGAUGGUGAAAAUAAAAGCACCAGAGCUCCUCUCUCAGAACAACUCUUACAUUCCGGAAACAUGGAUCCCUAUUGAUGCACUCCAGAACAUCCCAGAGGAAAAGAGGAGAGUGGGCGUGGUCACCUAUAAAUCACCCAAUCAGUUCUUGUUUAAAGAGGAACUCGUGAGAACCAUGGUCAUACGGAUAGAGGUGGAUGGCGGCAGACAACUUGAGAACUUGAUCACUCCACUGAAGAUGAAGUUCAAAUUGUUUGACCCUAUAAUACCAGUGAAUUACAGCCUGUCAUGUCAAUAUUUCAAUGACUAUGGGGACAUAAACCUCCCAGACACUGUCUUUUGGAAAACGGACGGAUGCGCUACUAAGAUCAACGACAGCGUGGUGGAGUGCAUCUGUAACCACGCCACGCCGUUUGCCGUGCUGCUGAUCGCCGACCUAUCUAUUGACGGUGUGCACUGGCGGGUCUUGUCUUACAUCAGCUACAUUGGCUGUGGCUUGUCUGCCUUCUUCACCGCCGUAUCCUUCCUCACCUACGUCAUUACCAUGAACUCCAGGGUGGACAACGCCAACAGCAUCCACGUGUCACUGAGCGGGGCUUUGUUCCUGCUCAACACCUCUUUCCUGCUCAACGAGUGGGGGGCCAGUCUGGGCAUCAGGGGCGUGUGUAUCUUCAUUGCGGCGGCCAUUCACUACAGCCUCCUCAGCUGUUUCACCUGGAUGGCCAUUGAAGCUGUCCACCUGUAUCUCCUCCUGGUCAAGGUGUUCAACACUUACUACCGACACUAUAUGGCCAAGCUGUCUGCCAUUGGCUGGGGACUCCCCGGUAUCAUUGUGGGAGUUUCAUUGGCAGUCAAGGAUAUCAAACCAUUAUAUGGACCUACAGAAAUGACUAUGGCAGACACUAACCAGACAAAUACAAUCUGCUGGAUCAUGGACAUCCCCUUCUUCUACAGUAUGAACCUGGCCUACUUCACCAUCAUCUUUGUCCUUAACUCUGGCAUUCUGUUAACGGUGACCACCCGGAUCUGCCAGCUGCAGCGCUAUGGCAGUAAGGGCAAGCCUGGGAAGGCAAGCCUGGCCUGGAAGGACAUCMGCACCGUCCUGGGUCUGACCUGCCUGCUGGGUAUCACCUGGGGCCUGGCCUUCCUCAGCUACGGCUAUGUCAACCUUCCCAUCCUCUACCUGUUCAGCAUUUUCAACUCCCUCCAAGGAUUCUUUAUAUUCCUAUGGAUCUGUGGCACUGCCAGGAAAGACAGGGAGCUGGCGGCGAAUACCAAGAGCACAUCAGCAGCUCUGAACACCUCUACAGCCAAACCCAAGGAGGACAUGUUCCCUAGCAACAACCCCUGCCAGUAAACAAUGUCUGUCCACAAUGGAGAUCACCCAUAUCUUCUUAGAUGGCAAGGGGAGUUUUGGCUUUGUGUCUAAUGGCAUAUGCAUUGUCUCUUUCUUUCUCUUUCAAAUUGAGUUAUGGUUUCUACACCGGUUGUGUUGAUGUAUUGUCACGGAUCCCUCUGGAAUUUCAUUGCGCACACCUGGCCCCUAUUCCCACUGAUUGUAUUUGUAUAUAUGUG